AUGACUGAAGACGGAUCACCAGAGGUCAUUAACUACGUCGAUGAGGACGAUCGCGUUACUGACCUUCCCUCUGCCAUCCAAAAGGUUUUAACAUUCGCCCUUGCCCAUGGUGGACUUGUCAGAGGUCUACAUGAGGUUGCAAAGGCACUCGACUCCAAGACAGCUCAGGUCUGCUUCCUAUCCAAGGGAUGCUCCGAGCCAGCAUACGUAAAGUUGGUCCAAGCUCUCUGCAAGGAGCACUCUAUCCCACUCAUCGAAACCGAUUGUGACUCAAAGACUCUCGGACAGUGGGCAGGUCUCUGCAAGUACGACGUUGAGGGAAAGCCAAGGAAAAUUGUAGGCGCCACAAGUGUAGCCGUCAAGGACUUUGGUGAAGAAUCCGAGGCACUCGCAUUCUUGCAAAACCACAUUGCCAACCUCAAAAACUAG